GAAGAGCGUUUUGGGGGCAAGGCAAUAUUAGAAAACAAAACAUCCCGCCAAAUCCAGUUUUCCAAAAUCGCCGUCAGGUCUCCAAAUCUCGAUCAAUAAUUUCACUAUUUAAGAUCUUCAAAGCGUCUCGCUCUCGCCACUCGCUCAGUUCCAAUUAUUUUAGCUUCCGCGUAAUUAGGGUUUCGCAAUGAGUGCUGUGAACAUCACAAACGUCACCGUUUUGGACAAUCCAUCCCCCUUUCCAAACCCUUUCCGCUUCGAAAUCUCCUACGAGUGUCUCCUCCCCCUCCAAGAUGAUUUGGAGUGGAAAUUAAUAUAUGUGGGAUCUGCUGAGGAUGAGACUUAUGAUCAAGUCCUGGAAAGUGUCCUUGUUGGACCAGUUAAUGUUGGCAGCUACCGCUUUGUGUUUGAGGCAGAUCCUCCAGAUCCAGUAAAAAUCCGUGAAGAGGAUAUCAUUGGUGUGACAGUACUCCUCUUGACCUGCUCUUAUCUGGGGCAGGAGUUCAUCCGAGUGGGUUACUACAUUAACAAUGACUAUGAUGAUGAACAACUAAAAGAAGAGCCUCCCCAAAAGGUUUUGAUAGACAGGGUUCAAAAAAACAUUUUGGCCGACAAACCCAGGGUGACAAAGUUCCCAAUCAAUUUCCAGCCAGAGAACAAUGAAAAUGAACUGCAGCAACCUCCUCUUUCACCUGGCCAUGCCACCGAAAUCAAUGAAAACGGCGAACAACCAUCUACAUCAGCCUGUAACAAUGCGCUCUCCCUGGAACCAGCUAGCCAGACAGUUAACUAGUAUAUUGUAAUAGCUCUACCUAUGUCUGGGGUGAAAUUUGCAGACUAUUCUUUGUGUUAGCCGCCAAAUAUAAAAGCUCGUCAUUAUGCAUGCUUUUAAAUUUACAAAGUCAAAGUCAAGGGAUGUGGUAGUGUUAAAUUUGUUAUGAAAAGCAUUUGUCAUGGA